AUGACACAACAGGUGGGGCAAUUUGCUCAAGAGCCUAAAACACUAUCUCGAAACCUCCAACAACUGGGGUCUCUGCUUUAUCUACAUCCAUCUGGAGACAGCAGUGUGACACUCAUGGGAGAAGCAGGUCCCACCGGGGCCCGAGGCCCUGAAGGCCCGCAGGGGCAGAGAGGCGAGACGGGGCCGCCGGGGCCUGUGGGCUCGCAGGGCCUCCCGGGCGCAGUGGGGACGGACGGUACUCCUGGCGCCAAAGGCCCGACGGGUUCUGCAGGCCCCUCUGGGCCUCCUGGACUGGCAGGGCCCCCCGGAUCCCAAGGACCUCAGGGCAGCACUGGGCUUCCAGGAAUUCGAGGCCAACCGGUAACGUCCUUUAGAACCGCUGCUGCCGCUGGUGUAAUGGGACUGAGCUCGCCAAGAGGGACAGCAUCUGACGAGAUGCAGUGAAAACCGGGGCGUAACUGAACGAGGCGAAUGAAGACAGGGAUCUUACAAAGUGGAAGCAAACGCUAACACGAGUGUUGAGGUUUAAAUUCAAAGUGGAGCAUCAUGUUAGUGGUUUUUAUGUAAAAUAGUACGGCCAGAACUUCAUGUUCUAGCUCAUAGAAUUUUACGAGCAGUUGAAUAAUAAACAUUAUAGAAACAUUAGCAAGCCAGUGGGGGGAGAUGUGGAGGUUU